CGGCGUCCCCAGGAGACGGGCCCGGGUCAUUUCCGGCGUCGCCGGGAGAGUCGUGUCCGGGUCAUUUCCGGCGUCCCCGGGAGACGGGCCCGGGUCAUUUCCGGGAGGAUCGGUCAGUCCUGAAUGUGAAGAUGGCGGCGGCGCUGUUCGGAUCCAGGGUCGGCGGUUUGCGGCAGGUGUUGAUGGUGAGGUUGGGGUUUCAAGCAGUGACUCUCACUACCAAGGCUACAGCUCCACAAAAGAAGAAGAAAGUUAAGGGAGCUGAGGCUGCUGAGAUCUCGAGCAGAGAUUCCCCCAUUCAAUCGACAGAGAUAACUAGCACAGAGCGAGCAAGCCUCUUGUCCAAGAAAACAGUGCUGCUCUUUCCCAGGAAAAUUCCUGACCCCUUAUUGGGAGAGGCACUCAACUCCACAACCAGCACUCCAGGAGGUGAUGUGUGUUCAGUAGCAGCCAAUGCAGAGCCUGUGGCUGAGAAAUCAACAGCUCAUGAAGAGUCCAGCUCCAGCUCUGACUCCAGCUCUGACUCUGAUGAAGAAACCGUGACUAAAGAUGCUGUAAAGACUCCAGCUGAAUUUUCAAAGCCUGAACCUGUGCUGAGUGGUGCUGACUGGACAAGGGAAAGGGCAGAGGGGGACCGAGGAAGACUGGUUACAGAACCACAGGAAUUACCUCAAACUGUCAAAGUGCCAGUCUCCAAGGAUUCGACUCGCAUGGAGCUGAGUAAAGGGGAGGGGAGAGAGAUACUAGCUGCACAGGGGAACCAUGACUUACUAAGCAGUGCUGCCUGUGAUAGGGCUGAAGCUACAGUAACAGCACCAGAAGCAAGCUUUCUACCAAGAAACACUUUAAGAACUCAAGAAACCACACCAAGCAGCCCAUCAAGAGAAUGGGUUCUCCCAGCACAGGGGGAGAGUCAAGAACCAACCGAAGAGAGAAGCCCAGAAGCUACUGACCCAGCUUCAGCUGACACACCACAUGAGUCAGUGGGAAAGCGUGUGGAGGAGCCUGAUCACGAAGUCUUGGACACUUCCACUUACAAGAACACCCAGCACCAUGAUUACAACCCCCUAACCUUCAUAGAUCUGGAUGUGGACAUGGCAAAGUACAGAUUACCCCAACCCUCCUCAGGAAGAAUAACCCCUCAUCACUAAUUCCUCGCAUAUUGUGUUGUCCCUGAUGCUUCAGUGUGUCCAGAACCUGAGAUGGAGCUCACCACAAAUAAAAAAAAAACAAAGCUCACCUUCA